UAAAACGAAGUAGGAUGGAUCUUCAUCCACUCACCUCUUCAACACCCAUAUCCAACUCUCCCCCUUCUUCUUCUUCUUCUUCUUCUUCUUCUCCUCCUCCUCCUCCUCUUCCUCUGUUUCAGACAUGUACGGCCUGAGAAACAGAGCUCAAAUCUCUUCAAACCCCACCUCCAUUUCCACCAUUUCCACCAUUUCCCCUUUCUUCUUCAUCUUCUUCCUCUUCUCCUUCAAACCCAUUUCUUCAAAUCCCCAAGUCCACCAAACUGCUCGAUCCCUUUGCAAUGGCACUCUCUUCCCAGACCUCUGUUUCUCUAAACUCUCUUCUUUUCCCCAAUUGGCUUCCCUCUCCCCGGAAAAGCUCGCCGGCAGUGCCCUCAACUUCACUUCCCGUGAGGUCCUCCUUGCCUACACCAAUUGCACCAACCUCAAGACUCACCUUUACAGUGGCCUAAAUCCCACCGACCGCCACGCCCUCGACGACUGUCUUGAGCUUCUCGACGGCAGCAUUGCAGAGCUCAAAGCUUCGAUCUUCGAUCUGGCGCCGUCGCAAUCCCCUGCUCUUCACUCCCACGAUUUGUUGACAUUGGUCAGCGCCGCCAUGACCAACCACCGAACUUGUGUUGAUGGGUUUUAUAAUAGUUCGGGAACUGUGAGGAGCAGGGUGGAACUUUAUUUGGGGAAAAUCGGACAACAUUUAAGUAUUGAUUUGGCGAUGUUGAAGAAAAUCCCUGGAGUUAAUAGGGCUACGGGGGUAGAUCAGGAGAUGUUGCCGGAGUAUGGGGCAGUCAAAGGUGGGUUUCCGAAGUGGGUUUCGGUUAAGGAUCGGAGAUUGUUGCAGGCGGCAGUGAAUGAGACGAAGUUCAAUAUGGUAGUGGCGAAGGAUGGGUCCGGGAAUUUCACGACUGUGAGCGAGGCCGUGGCCGCCGCUCCGAAUGCGAGCACCACCAGGUUUGUAAUAUACAUAAAAGCAGGGGCGUAUUUUGAGAACGUGGAAAUAGGAAGGGCAAAGUCAAACUUGAUGUUCGUCGGCGACGGAAUCGGAAAGACGCUGAUAAAGGCCGACCGGAAUGUCGUCGACGGCUGGACUACUUUCCGAUCAGCCACCGUUGGUUUUGUUUAUUAUGUAGCGGUGGUUGGCACUGGGUUCAUAGCAAAAGGCAUAACAUUUGAGAAUUAUGCGGGUCCAAGCAAGCACCAAGCUGUAGCCUUACGAAGCAACUCUGACUUCUCAGCAUUUUACCAAUGUAGCUUCAUUGGCUAUCAAGACACUCUCUACGUUCACUCCCUUCGUCAAUUCUACCGCGAUUGUGAUGUCUAUGGUACCAUUGAUUUCAUUUUUGGUAACGCUGCCGUUGUUUUCCAAAAUUGCAACCUUUAUGCUCGGAAACCCAAUUCAAAUCAACGCAACAUAUUCACUGCUCAAGGUCGCGAAGACCCCAAUCAAAACACUGGAAUCUCAAUCCUCAACUGUAAGGUUGAAGCUGCCUCUGACCUAAUCCCAGUUCUUUCCUCGUUUAGAACUUACUUGGGUCGUCCUUGGAAGUUGUACUCGAGGACAGUUUUUCUCCGAUCGUUUAUCGGACAAUUGAUUGAACCGGUUGGAUGGCUUGAGUGGAAUGGGACAUUUGCAUUGGAUACUUUGUAUUAUGGGGAGUAUUUAAAUAGGGGGCCUGGUUCAAAUACAACCAUGCGAGUAACUUGGCCGGGUUAUCGAGUUAUUACUAACGCAACAGAAGCGAGUCAAUUUACGGUUGAGAGAUUUAUACAAGGUAGCUCGUGGUUGAACUCGACCGAGAUUCCUUUCUUCUCCGGUCUGACUCCACCUUAGAUUGAAGGGAAGGAUCAAAUUUUAGGGUUAUCUUUGGGUUUUUAUUAUUAUUUUUUUAAUUUUGUAUGGACUAAGAUGCUUUUGAUGUUGAAAGAGGGAGAGAGUAAUGGCUGAUCCAUGGUCCACAAAAGGACUUCACAUGUGAUCAUAUGAAAUCAUUGGUAAGUCCCAUUUUAAUCAAAUAUUAUAUACUAAAUUUGAAGUAGAGCA